UUCUCCACAACCUGCGUGAGGUGCUCAAAGAACAGGCGGCUGAGGCAAAAAAGAGUCAUUUCGGAAAGGCAACUGACGCGCUAUUUUGUGGAUCACCGGAAAGUGCGUGUGGUUGGAGGACAAGGAGGAGGAGGGGGUCAUUCUUUUUAUAGUGAACCCAGAAAAAUAUUUGGAGGUCCUGAUGGAGGAAAUGGAGGUGAUGGGGGUCAUGUCAUUUUGAAAGCUGACCGGCAAAUGAAAUCACUUUCUUCAGUCCUCCCGUUCUAUCAGGGUUUUCAUGGAGAGAGAGGAGGAAGCAAAAACUGUUAUGGCGCUAAUGGUGCAUACGUGUAUGUUAAAGUCCCUGUAGGUACAUUGGUUAAGGAGGAUGGGAAAGUUGUGGCUGACCUCACUCAACAUGGUGAAGAGUAUGUUGCAGCUUAUGGAGGAGCUGGAGGGAAAGGUAAUCGCUUUUUUCUUUCCAAUGAAAACCGAGCUCCAACAUUAUUUACUCCAGGAGAGCCAGGUCAGGAAAGAGUCCUUCAUCUGGAACUCAAGACAACAGCUCAUGCAGGAUUGGUGGGCUUUCCCAACGCUGGCAAAUCAUCGCUUUUGAGAGCAAUCUCCAGGGCCAGGCCAGCAGUAGCUGCCUACCCUUUCACAACUCUGAACCCCCAUGUCGGCAUUGUCCACUAUCAAGACUAUGAACAAGUAGCAGUUGCUGACAUUCCUGGCCUAAUAAAAGGUGCUCAUCAAAACAGGGGCCUCGGGGUGGCCUUCCUGAGGCAUAUUGAACGCUGCCGCUUUCUCUUGUAUGUGGUGGAUCUCUCUGUGUCUCAGCCAUGGAUUCAGCUGCAAGACUUAAAAUAUGAACUGGAGCAAUAUAAAAAAGGAUUGUCUGAGAGGCCCUGUGCUGUCAUCGGGAAUAAGAUUGACCUUGCUCAGUCCAGGAUCAAUCUGCCACUCCUUAAAGAACAGAUAGAUCACCGGGUCAUUGCAUUGUCUGCGUUGACAGGAGACAACCUAGAGGAGCUGUUGCUGCACUUGAGAGAACUGUACGACACUUACGUGAAGACAGAACAAUCACUAGUGCAAAGCCCGGUCAAGUGGUAGGAACCAGAACUACUGUGAACUGUACUGGAAGGAAAAAAAAAAUACUAGAUUGCAUCUGUGUGAUUUUGGUGGGGUUUUUUUUUUUAUGGUUUUGUUUUUAAAUGCAAGGGGUAUAGCAUGUGGAUUUGUUCUGGACUGCU